CCACCCCCAUAACAUUACAUAACAUCAUAAUAGAUAUCUACCCCUUUUAACACUUUAUACCAAAAACCUUCCCACAUUCUUCUUUAUUUUUCUUCCCAAAAUCAUUUUUCAUCUUCACACUCACACAAACACACACAUGGAUCUCCAAGAUCACCCCAUCCAUCCUUCAGGACAUGAAAGUCAUCAUGGGGUUCAUUUAUGUCACAGAUGUGGGUGGCCUUUUCCAAACCCACACCCAAGUGCCAAACAAAGGAGAGCCCAUAAAAAGCAUUGUGGAACUAUUGAAGGCUAUACUAAUUUGACCCAAGCUGUUUCAGAUGAUGAAGAAAAAACUCCAAGUCCCAAGAUUGAGAAGCAGACUAGCGUGAGUGGUGACGGUGGUGGGAUCAUUGGAAGUGUUGGUAGAUCCGAAGAGGAUUUGUUUUCAGAUGCCGUAACUGAGUUUGCAGACAAUGGAACAAGUGCAGGAUCUGCUAACAAAACUCUGGAUAGAGAUUUGUUUUUUUCAUUUAAUGAUGCUGAAAAUGCUGGUACUAAUGAUGUGGUAAAUACUUCAAUAGAGGGCAGCAAGCUUGAUGCUGGUCCAGAAGUUUCCGCAAAGCAAGAUAUCCAUGUAGAGAAAAGUGGAGCAACCGAGGUAACUGUAUCUGCAUCAUCUGAGUUGACUGAUAAAGAUGCUCAAUGCUUGGAUGGUUUGGUCAAAGAUGGAGUUUUGGAGCCCACACCCGAGUCAAGUUAUGUUUCCCAGACACAAGAAGCUAAAUCUAUUGAAGUUGUGGAAGCAGGGGAGGGGAAAAGUCAUGGAAGUCAAACCUUUGAAACUACUGCCGAAGAAGCUAAAGAUUCAGAAAUUAGCAAAACCACCCCUGAAGUUUCAGAAAUUGUCGGUGAAUACGAUGAUAUAAUUAAGCAGGAGAACUUUGAGAAGUUGGAACCAGCAUCUGCAGAUGAAAUUAGUGAAGAAAUCAAGCCGGGGAUCGAAUCUGCUUGUGAACAUGUUUCAGAAAUUUCCAAAGAACCUGAAAUUGUUGAAAGCCCAGUGGGAAUUAAUGAAGACAUUGAGCAUGAAAAGACUGAAUCGGAUAAUGUUGUAGUUACUCCGGAAAUUGUCAAUGAAUCUGAAACUGUCAAGGGUGAAGAGGAAGUUGGUGAUGAAGUCAACCAUGAAAAGUGUGAACCUGAUCAAGCUGUUACAGUUUUGACUGACAAGGAUGAUGUUGGUGCAUCAAAGGAACAGACUGAGCAAGCUGUCAAGGAGCCCAAUGUGGGGUUGACUGAAAAACAGGAUUUUGGUGCAGCUGAAUUGGAAAACUGUUCAAAGGAAGAGAUGCAAGUUGUCAACGAAUCUGAUUCAGUUUUGACUGCAAAAGAAGAUCUUGGAGAACCUAUCUUGGAAGAAGGGUCAAAUGAACACACACAUAAAGAUGCCGAAGUAUCUGGUUCAGUUCUGAUCGUAAAAGAGAAUCUUGGUGAACCUGAGUUGGAAAAAUGUUCAAAAGAGCAGAUUCAAGAAGUUGUGAAGGAGCCCAACACAGUUUUAACUGAAAAAGAUGAUCUUGGGGAACCCAAGCUCGAAAAAUUUUUAAAUGAAUCUGUUCAGGAAGUUUUUGAAAAGUGUGAUUCAGUUCUGGCCCAAAAACAGGAUCUCGGUGCACCAAGCCUGGAAAAAAACUCAAAAGAAAUUCAACCUAAUUUAGUUUUGGCUCAAAAGGAGGAUCUUGAUGCAUCCAAAUCGGAAAAAAGUUUAAACGAAAACACUCAUGAAGUUGCAGAACAGAAAGUUGAUCAGGUCAGCAAUGAUAUAGCUGAUGUCUGCGUUGAAACACCUAAAGAUUCAUCUGAUAAUUUCAUUGACGGUGUCAAGAAUGCUUCUGGUGUUGCUCCUAAACCUCUUGUGGAAGAAGGUAAUGACAAACUGAUGAACGAUCAAGAAUCUGGUGAACGGAAAGUUAAGCAUGUGAGCAAUGAUGUAGCUGAUGUCUGCGUUGAAACUAUUACACCUAUAGAUUCAUCGGAUAAUAUCACUGACAGUGUCGAGAAUGCUUCUGGUGUUGUUCCUAAACCUCUUGUAGAAGAAGGUAAUGACAAAUUGAUGAACAAUCAAGAAUCUGGUGUAGCCUUAUCGGUAGAUUCAAGUAGCCGGAACAGUUUAGAGGGAAAUUGGGGAUCGGUUUCAGUACUCUCUACCGCUUCAAUUAAUGCUGAAACUUUACAUGGGGGUGACCAAUCAAAACUCAACCCUGAGAAGUCUACUGCAGCAACAUCAGAUGUCUUUGAGCCCCCAUCUUUUAUGACACUAGUGGAACCUGAAGGCAAAGAUCAGAGAUCUGUCUCUUCUGAGGUGCAAGACUCUAAACAGCAACCAAAUUCUGAAGCUUCCCAAGAAGGGUGGUUCCCAACUUUGCCCAAAGACAACGAGUCUGAAGGAAGAAAGAAGAAUGAGGAAGCAAUUGCAAAAGUUACAAACUGGAGUAGCGGGAAGCAGUCUACACCUCUAAAGAACCUUUUAGGGGAAGCCAAAUCUCCUAGUGCUAAACAACCCGAGUCCGUGAUUCCCAAAGAUGAGGCCACCAACGAGAAGGCAGGUGAAACUCCUCUGGUCAACCAGGACAUGUCUUCACCACCAAAACUUAUUGAAGAUGGUAAGAAAGCGGGGAAGAAAGUAAAGGGUAGAAGUUCAUGGAUCCCAUUUGUAUGCUGUUCUUCGGUAAAUGUUGUUAAGUAGAAGAGGAUGUGGAUGCAGUAACAUGGUAGUUCGCUAGAUUGGACAUCAAUCAGUCUAAUUUGGUUGCUAAAACAGUUGCUAGUUUCGUGUAUGUAUAUUUUAUAUAGUAGAUGGACUAAAGGUUGUUUAAUUGAUAUAGAAUGGUUGAUUUGUACUCGUUACUAUUGAAGAUUGAAUCUAUCAAUGGACAAUGGUGUGUGUGGUUUUGGUUGAACUUA